UUCGACGCACGUUCUUAACUGAAAAAUAAAAUAACAUAACCUACCACUUCUCUUUCUUCUUCUCCUCUCAGAUCUCUUUAUUAUCGUCCAACCACCAUAAAAACCCAAAAAAUUGUGUCUCUCCUUUCCCAUGGGAAGAAAAUACCUAAUUUUAAACUUCAAUUCUUCAUCUCCUACUCGAUUGUUCCAACCCUACGAGAGAAUCAUUCCUACCUUCUAUCAAUCAUUUUCUUUAAAAAUCCUAAAUCGUGUUAACCAACUGAACCCUAAAUACCAUCAAAAUUAAAUCAAAACCGAACCAAUUUUUUUGAGUUUUCUCCUGAUUUUUUCUUCUUGUUCUUCUUCUUCAGCGAAACCUGGAUGAUGAUUAGUCCUAUUACAAACCCUAGAUAUAUACUAAAAUUUCAUAGGGUAAGGGAUAUCUCCUAAUUUUUUCCCUUCUCUUAUAAAUCUAAAAUUCUUCUAAUUUAUGUAUGAGUCUGGCUGUUUUUUUUCUUGUUCAUUAUGAUUUUGUAAUUCAAUUUUGAAAUUUAACCUGUCUUAGUUUGAUUUUUUCUCAUUUAUGGACAUGGAUUUCGUAAUUGUAUGAAUUGAUGAUUAUAGAUGGCAGAAGAGGAAAAGGAAAAAUAUGAGAGAAUAAGAUUGAUAGAAGUGGUGGUGGUGGUUUUUAAACUUCAUCAGAAAAAGAUGAACAUCCUAAAGAUUGGUAGGAGGGAGUUAUCUAGAAGGACUAUUAGUAUUGGUAUUGGUUUUGGUUUUCGUUUAUGUUAUUAUACAUCUGCCUUAUGUAUUCAUGGAUUAUUGACUUACUGUUAUGGUUUAUGUAAUAUCAAUGAUCUUGUUUGUUGUGUUAUUUUGAUUUUGUUUCAUAUUGAUAGAAUAUAGACACAACUAUACUGUGUAACCAAAUUGGAAUCUCCUGAGGUUAUAUAUAAAAUGUUUUUGUUCCAUGAAGUUGAUGAAACUGCAGUUUCGCAUCAUAUUCAGAUUAAAGCUUUAUCUUUGAAGUAACUUCGUGCGAACUAUAAGAAUGUUCUGGGCUUCUGGCAAUACAGUCUUUACUUUCUGAUCCAGUAAGGUGUAGUUCCUCGUUUGUUCAGUUUCUUCAGAGGGAGGACUUUCCACAACUUCAAGUGGAUACUUGCUCUGAAAUUGAGUUAGGUUUUCCCCUUCUUUAUAUUGGAAUACAAUUAAUUAAGUAAAUAACGAUUUAGUGAAACAUUUUAGCUUUCUCCUUCUUUUGUAUGCACUGAUUUAUCAUGAUUUUGAUUUUUGAACAGUUUGAGGUGGCUCUGGCUCUAAUGAACAUUGUUUCUGGAACCUCAGAGAAUACCGAAGUGAUCAUUGAGCAGGGAGCUAUCCCAAUCUUUGUGGCGCUUCUCAGUUCCCCCAGUGAUGAUGUUCGAGACCAGACAAAGCCUGCACUCCCUGCUCUUAAGCGUCUUAUUAACUCCACUGAUGAAGCAGUACUUACAGACUCGUGCUGGGCCCUUUCUUAUCUGACGGUACAAAUGAAAACCAUGUUGUUAUUGAGGUUGGUGCAUGUCACCGACUUGUUGAGUUACUGCUUCACCCAUCUCCUACUGUACUCAUUCAAUAUUGUUACUGGAGAUGAUCGUCAGCCCCAGUGUAUCAUUGAACUUUAAGCACUUCUCUACCUCAUGAACCUGUUGACACAACCAAUAAAAAAGUAUAAAGAAAGAAGCUUGCUGGACUAUAACUUAGGAUGUUUUGUGUUGUAUAAACAACCUACAAAACUACUACAAGAUUGAAUCCUCAACCACUGCACUUGACAAGAACCUGGGAUUACCCACCUCUAUCUCGUCGGUUGGAAAGAGCAUCCAGGACAUAGCCUUAAAUAUAUGGGGUAACAUGUACACACCGUAAUGAAUUAUAUCACCCUCAUGAAUAAAGAAACUAAAAUACGUUAUGUGGAGAACGAUGAAAACAUAAUAAACCAGUUGAAGCUCUGAAACAGUGUAACACUUUAUUAUGUUUGAAAAAGUUAGCUAAUAUGUUUUGUCGUUGUUUCCAGCAGUAAUGUUUGAGAUAGUCCAUCUUCUCAAAUUUAUAAACAUCUAGUGCUUGGUAGAAAAAGGGGAGUUUCUCCUAUUUUUACUUAAAAAUGUCGAUGUUUAUCCAUCUUCUCUUCAGUUUGCAACAAAGUAAGGUUUUUUUUGCUCCUCGACUUUCAUUUAUAAACAUCUUCGUUUUGAUGAACACAGAGCUUUUGUUUUUUUUAGUAUUAGUGUAUCACUUUGCAUAUAUCAGUUUUUUGCUUUUAUAAAAAUCUUAGCAUGCUCUGAAGCUAUGGAACACUAACGUGUCAUGUUGCUUAACAGUUCAUUCCCUACUGAUAUUAUAAGACUGGAUGAAGAUAUCAUGUCACCUCUUGCUGGGAGGAGAAGUAACUUCAUACUUGUGAGAGGUUAUAUUUCUGGAAACACAUCCAAACUCCUGGAUAGACCAAUCUGCAAGUGAAGGAAUGCUAUGUCAUCCAUCUUUUUGUCAUUUUAAUUUUAUUUUUAACCUUCAACUAUGUCAUUUGUUGGAAACUUAGCACUAGACUUGAAUUUCUGCGGUGUUUAGAUUUUCUGUGUUGCUUGAAUGUAAUAAAUUUAGACCUUGUACUUCUUUUUUGAAUGAAUAAAUGAUGUUGUUGGAAA